UCCACUGCCUUCUUAGUUUUAUAUGCACAUAUCUUUACUUUGCAUUUUCUUUUCCGUUUAAUCCUUACAAGGCUUUGUUUCCUUCAAAUUUCAGUUGGUAGAGCUCUGGUCGCCAAUUUGAUCUAUACCCUUAUUGAAAUCAUGAUGGAGAAUGGUGGCAAUGAGGUUUUGACCGGUACCCGGUCGGCUGAAGAAUGGUUAUCACAUGCACGGGAGCUUGUUCCAUUGGCACUGAAUAAGGCAAGAGAGGUUAAGGGAUUUCCAGGUCGGUGGAAGAUGAUCAUUUCAAAGUUGGAGCAGAUCCCGUCACGUUUAUCAGACCUGUCUAGCCAUCCAUGCUUUUCCAAGAAUGCUCUUUGUAAGGAGCAAUUGCAGUCAGUUUCUAAGACACUGAAGGAGGUUAUUGAAUUGGCUGAGUUUUGUGUGGGGGAGAAAUAUGAAGGAAAACUUAGGAUGCAGAGUAAUCUUGAUGCGUUGUCUGGGAAAUUGGAUUUGAAUUUGCGAGAUUGUGGGCUUUUGAUCAAGACUGGGGUGCUUGGUGAGGCUACUUUGCCUUUAGCUAUGGCUGGUUCUUCAACUGAACCUGAGGCUGCUGCUCAUGGUAACAUAAGGGAACUGCUUGCGCGGCUUCAGAUUGGGCACUUGGAGGCAAAACAUAAAGCUCUUGACAGUCUUGUUGAGGGCAUGAAAGAGGAUGAAAAGAAUGUAUUGUCAGUUAUGGGUCGUAGCAAUAUUGCUGCUUUAGUCCAAUUGCUCACUGCAACAUCUCCUCGUAUCCGUGAGAAGACUGUAACUGUAAUCUGCUCGCUUGCUGAAUCUGGAAGUUGCGAAAAUUGGCUUGUUUCUGAAGGGGUUUUGCCACCUCUAAUAAGGCUUGUUGAGUCUGGCAGUGCAGUGGGUAAAGAGAAGGCUACAAUUUCGCUUCAAAGAUUGUCAAUGUCAGAAGAAGCAGCCCGUGCAAUUGUUGGGCAUGGUGGGGUUAGGCCACUGAUUGAGAUAUGUCAGACUGGUGAUUCUGUUUCUCAGGCUGCUUCUGCUAGCACUUUGAAGAACAUAUCAGCUGUCCCAGAAGUUCGGCAAACUCUAGCUGAGGAAGGGAUUGUAAAAGUUAUGAUUAAUCUCCUUGAUUGUGGAAUUUUAUUGGGUUCCAAAGAAUAUGCAGCAGAGUGCUUGCAGAAUCUCACUGCAUGCAAUGACAAUCUAAGGAGGUCUGUAAUUUCAGAAGGUGGAAUUCGGAGCCUGUUGGCUUAUCUUGCUGGUCCAUUGCCACAAGAAUCUGCAGUCGGGGCAUUGAGGAAUUUGGUUGGCUCAGUUUCUAUGGAGGUUUUGGUUUCUCUUGGUUUCCUCCCAUGCGUGGUUCACGUGCUUAAGUCCGGUUCACUAGGUGCACAGCAGGCUGCUGCAUCCGCAAUUUGCCGGGUUUGCAGCUCAACAGAGAUGAAAAAACUGAUCGGUGAAGCCGGGUGCAUUCCUCUCCUUGUGAAGAUGCUUGAAGCUAAAUCAAACAGUGCCAGAGAGGUUGCCGCACAGGCAAUUUCAAGUUUGAUGACCCUUUCACACAAUUGCAGAGAAGUGAAAAGGGAUGACAAAAGU